UCCAGCUCGCAACCACAGGGGCCCGCCCUGCGAGGCCAGAGUGGGCUCAGCGGUCAGCCUCCAUUCGAAUUAUGUUAGGGGGUCUUUCGCUUUUGCCAGAUCUAGAGAGAUACUACAAGUCCUCCGUCCCAGAUUCCAUCGCCGCGGCCAUCUGGUUCACCGGUACUACCAAAAAGUCUCAUGCUUACGUUUCUGUUAUUGAUGGUUUGAUUAUUUUGGACACGAAGACCCCAGUCGUGCUUCUGGUUUCCAUUCCAAUCAUCAUAUUGAUGAUCAAUCUCCUCGUGCUCUGCCAUAAGAACUUGGAGUCCGUAUCAUGGUGAAGAUAAGGUCAGGCUGUGAUUCUUGCUCAAAAAACAGACCGAA